AUGGUUGCCGUGAAUCAGCAAGAGAUGAAUCAACAGCAGCAGCAACAACUACUACAAUCUCUAGUAUUGGAGUGUUGUGUCGGUGAAAAUUCACCAAAUGCCAACAAAUUCACAUUAGCAGAAAUGGCAUCAACAGACUCUCAAACAAUUCCAACUCAAGGAAUUGUGCAUAAAAAACAAAGAAAUCUCAACUCACCCGCAAUUAUGUCGUCAUUAAUUCCGCUGAUGUCACCAUAUUCUACCCUAGAAUCACCAUCAGUAUCGGCUACAUUAUCAUCGUCAUCACCAUUCGAACCACUUGAAACAUCAACACCUGUACGAAGAUCAAGGUCACAAUCAGUGCGUCCAACAUCACUAUCUGAAACAUCAUUAUCAGUGCGUCGAUCGAGAUCGUUAUCGGUACAACCGACAGAUACCUGUGGUGAUGUUAAAAAAGUGGUGGAAAUCCACGAAAUGAAGAUAAGCGAGGAGGAGAAACUGAGAUUGGUGAUGGAGCAGAGUAACGAAUGGAUGAACCGCCAGUCUUACGAUAGCAUUGAACCUCAAAAUUACGGAUCUAAAAACAGCUUCAAGCCUUGGAACCCCCCAAAAACUAGUCGCCUCGUGCCAGCGUUCCUCAGACAGAGCUCAAAUAUUCUGCCACCCAACUUUCGCCCACCACCUAUCGAGAAGACAAAAAAUUUCGAUGACGAUGAAGAUGACGAUGAUGGCAUAUACGUUCAUAUAGCUCCGGUCGACACAAUCAUGGAGAGACACGGGAACAGACUGAGGGAAUAUUUUGCGCUGACCGUUAUCCACGACGUCCCGGCGGAUUUAAUAGAGGAGGUGGAAAGUAUGUACUAUAAAGAAUACGUGUACAGGGAUUUGUAUGGCAGUUUGUUCAUUUUCAAGCAUAAAAUAGAACUCUUUGUACAGAACUACGGCGCCCACAACUUAUGGUUGAAAGAUCCACAUCAUCACAUCUACACUGAAAAUGAUUUCCGCUGGAGUAGCAGAUUAAAUACUGAAAAAUUUUCACAAAAAAAUGUUCAAGUAAAAAUUUUUUGUAAACAAUGUGAUGGCAAUAAACUUCCAUUUCAACCAAAGCAACAAGUUCAACAACCACAAAAAGCCCAAUCUCCACAAAAACAACAAGCUCAACCACAAAAACUGGUGGAGUUAUUAGAUCCGGCGAUUAUCAGUCACUCCACUACACCUCCAAGUGAACCGACCGAUCCAGUUUCACGUAAAGUUCAACCCACACAAGAGAAUGAAUUUUUCGAUCCGGCAAUUAUCUUUCAAUCCAACACUCCUCCACCUGAACCAGUCAAAUUCGAUUCAUUUGAAUAUUUCGACCCGGCCAUUGUUGAUUGUUCCUCGAUGCCAGCACGCGGAUUCAGCAUUCCAGCACCUCACAAAUAUAACGAGACUCCCUGCGAUCAGCCAAAACAAAAAAGGGAAAUCCAAAAUAAAUCCACCAUCACGACGACGUCAAAGAGAGCUCCAAAGAAAAAUAACAACAAAGGCAACAAAGUUAACAACUUUGAUAGAACCAAAUGUUCCUCGAUGCCAGCACACGGAUUCAGCAUUCCAGCACCUCACAAAUAUAACGAGACUCCCUGCGAUCAGUCAAAACAAAAAAGGGAAAUCCAAAAUAAAUCCGCCAUCACGACGACGUCAAAGAGAGCUCCAAAGAAAAAUAACAACAAAGGCAACAAAGAUAACAACUUUGAUAGAACCAAAGGCACACGCAACAACAGUCAAAGGAAAAAUUUCAAAAUUUGA